GAGACGCUGCGUGGGACCAUGGGAUGGGGUCCCGUCUGCCAGCCUGAGAGGGCUGAGUCGUAUGACAGGCAUCUGGUAACUCUACCAAUCAACCCGAGGCCAAAGACAGUGGUGGGUGACCGAACCCCAGCUCGGCCGAUACCCUUCGAAGGAGUGCCUUGCAUUUUUUUCGAGCAACCUCCAUGUCCCUCCUUGUCCAACACCCUUGACUACCCAUGUACAUACACACAGCUGACAGGGGAAGCGAGGCCUCUAAGAAGAACAGCCUCCUUGAAGAGCUGACAGUUUCCUUCUUUACUCGCACUUCGCAAGACUUGCGUCUGCCUCCUCUCAAUAUAGCAAUGUCUCCAACAAGCGGCAGCGGCAACAGCACCACUAUCUUUGUCUCUUCUCUUCGUUCAGUUCCAUUGCAUAUCGACUCCGCUUAGAACCAACUGCUCUCUGCAUCUCACCUCGACCCCCAGCCUGUUGUUGGACAGGCUGACAGUCUCCAAGAACCGCCCCCCUACCUUACCUAGGUCUUUUGCCUUGCCUUGUCUUGCCUUACCGUACCUUACCUUAUCUUACUGUCUUCCAUCCACCCCAGUUUAGUCCUUCAUUCUACACCGACACCCCCUUCUUGGACCCUGACUGUCCCCCAACUCACACUGCGCGUCUUCAUGUUUGGGGGUUGCUUCCAACUACACUCACUCGACUUCAGUCUAUUCCGAGGAGAGCAUUCAGCCGGGCUGUGCCUUACUAACUUUGGCUGCGUUGCUUCCUCUGCAUUUCCCUCUCUGGGUGCAACCAUUCUGCAUCUCGGUCUUCUACACUUCCCUUUUGGGAACCUUAAACCAUGGCCAGCCUCCAAGAUAUCAUGAACGUGGACGAGGACCAACUCGAAUCCCACACUAUUAAGAACGACCAGGUCCCGGCUCCAUCAGGCAGACAUCAUCAACCCUACUUGGCACCAAGCGCAGUUUACAACACAGGCUAUGCGACUGGCGGAGAUCAAGCAGACCGUUCAAGCACACCACAAGGCACGAAGCGAAGCUCAUCCUCCCGCACCUCCAAGUCGAACACCACAGGCUCGUCAUCUUCAUCUGCUCGACCAGUCAACACCCGUCGAAGGAGCAACGUCAGCACCGAUUCCAUGGAGCAAACAAACUACGGAUACGGCCACGCGGGGCCCUCGGGCGGCGGCCUUGAUCCCUCUGGCCAGCCCAUGAGACCUUUUGGCAGCGUGCCACCUGGAGGGGAAGUUCCUGUCAAGUUGACUCCCAUUACCGGUCGUGUCAGUAGGGCGAAAAAGGGUAUGAAGGUUCAUACAUGCGACCUCUGUCGUCCUCCCAAGACGUUCACACGCGCUGAGCAUCUAAGACGACACCAGCUUAGCCACGAAACUCCGCAAUAUGGGUGCUCAAUUCCCGGUUGCGAUAGGGCUUUCCACCGCAAGGAUUUACUUGAGCGUCAUCAGCAACGACAUGAGCUCGAGGGCGACAAGGCAUCGAGAAGCAGAGGAGGGAGUCAAAGUCGCCGGACCUCGGCCGCCUCUUUGGAUGCAGGAGUCCGAGGCAUGGGAUUACAACCUCCCUUGCUUGGAUACCCUACGAGUGCAACAACACCGAUCCACGGCCUCCCAAUGACAUCGAGUAUGUCACACCCUGGUACAUAUCAGUCCAUGAGCGCGCCAGAUGUUAGCAAGUCCAUGUCUCCCCACCUAGGGAACGAGAGCUAUCGCUCUUCGUCCGGUGGUCCUGGUUACGGUGGAGGCUAUUCUCUGUCCGGCCAAUCCUCGCAGCAACCCAUGCUUCAGCCUUCAAAUGGCGAUUUCAACACCCCGCCCUCGUUUUCCUCCAUCGAUUACCAGCCUCGCACAACUCCUGAAUACCCUCCGCUGUAUCUUCAGACUUCGGGACUGGAACUGCAAACACCCGAACUUUCACACGCUCAGGAUCCCAUGGGAUGGCCUUCUUCGGCUUCCGACAGCACUUAUUCAACGCCUUCCGAUAAUUCGCGACGCGCAUUCUGGCCGACGGCGGCGCCAGAUUGGCAAAAUAACCUCCUUUCGCCAUGCCCAACAGGUGGCUACGAGACCAUAGGAGCUACCGGCCCUAUGCUCUACCAUUACUCGACCUCCCCCCAGCUCAACACUCCACAGGUGUACCCGAUGCUCGGCACUUCCAUAUCUACCUACUCUGACGAGCAGACAUUCCGUGACCCUCAGCAACAGCCACGGUUCCCCAAUACUGUUCGUAGCCUGACCCCGCCGGUGACAUCGGCAUCGGCUCAAAGUUGUGAAACUCUAGUCACCCCGUCGACGGCACUACCAUCGGACCGGAUGAUGAACUCAUAUGCCUGUUUGGGCCGUAAGGAGGUGGCGUCGGGCCUCCUGGCGGCCCCGGCCCUGAUGCAGGGCUCCUUGCCUAUGUCUAUCUGCAGAGCCAUUCCCGGCUACCUCGAUGUCUACUGGGAAAAGUUUCACCCACAUUUCCCAAUCGUACACCGAAGGACUUUCGAGGCCGCGGCGGAGCAGUUUGAAGUGCUUCGUUGUGCCAUGGCUGCAGUGGCGACUCAAUAUCUGAGUGGUAAGGAGGAUCGCAUCAGGGGGGAUCAGCUGCAUGAAUAUGCCUGGCAACAAUCCAAAUACAUCCCACAGUGGGAUGUGCCUGUCAUGCAAGCGAUUCUGCUAUGUGAGUACUUCGCGCGGUUCCGCGGCCGGAGAGCAGCCAUCAGGCCAUCGAAACUAUUCGAAUCCGUUUACGUGCGGGUAUACGACCAGGCAGACAAAAAGGUCAUAUUUGGCCCCGUGCCUCGGACCGGAACAAAUACCGUUAGAUGGCACACUUGGCUCGAUGCAGAGGCUCGUCGUCGCCUUCUGUCGGCGUGCUUCGUCUUGGAUAUCCACAGCUCGGUUUACCUGGAUCAGCCAAGAGUCCGCAACUUCGACACCACAACCGACGGCAUGCCACCCAACAUCCCACUCACUGGUCCAGCUCAGGAUCUCUGGGAUGCACCUAGUGCCGAUGCAUGGGCGGCGAUGGUCUCGUCCAAGAGAGUUUCCCUGGAUAACCAGACGCUUCUGUCUUUGAUCAAUCCAGACACCUUGUCGAGAAGCAUAGUCGACGCACACGCCCCUUUCGACCGCGCAGUGAUUCUGGCCUUUGAGGUACUUUUGCUCCCUCAUCGUGGAGAAGCGGCGCAAUUUUCUUCGUCUUCGACAGAAAUACUGGAGCCACAGACUUUCCGCAUGGCCAACAUAUUCUCGGAUUGCCCCAAGGCCAACACCUACCUGGCUCUUCACCACACUCCUCUUCAUGAUUUACUGGCAGUUUCAGGCGACAGUUGGAUCUUCAGCCACAAGGUCCUCCAGCCUAAACAGUUCGACGAGCACAAGAAGCGGCUCAGGGAGUGGUCCGACUCGGGCAGCGCUGCCGUCGCGUUGGUCUUUGCCUGUCGGGCUCUUCGCGCCUUCACCGACCACGGCAACUCUGAAGAAGACUCUGAUGACGAAGAUGACAUGGAUACUCGAGAGGCCGGCCGACCCCGGAUGUGGAAGGACAUUUCGGAUUACUGGGGCAUGUACGUUUGCGCCCUCAUUUGCUGGGCCAAUGGGCACCGCAUCAACGGUGGCGAAGCAAGUCGCGGCGAUUCAGACAACGACGACGAGGCGCUUCAAUGGAUUCGCACUAUUGCGAGCAUGGGCGCUAAGAACGCCAUGGAAACACCCUUGAAGAAGGAGGCCACGAUGGUCGUGGCUCUUGUGAGAAGAUGGCUCGAGGUGGAUUGCCUCGGCAACAGAAGCCGACUCUAUGUCGAUGCAGUCGGCGUGCUGAGUAAGUUGGCCGAGGGUUGCACCUGGAAGUGGUUUUAGAUGGAGAUGAUUGCGUGGUUGGUGGUGGCGGGUGGCAGCAUUUUCCCCUUUUCGACAUUUGGCAUCAGCAUUGCAUACUUCACUUCGACUUUUCCUACCAUUUUUUCCAGAAGUUUUUUCUACAUUUCCAUUUUCAUCUUUUUGCUUUUUUCGUUUCUUUGGCAUGGCACACAGCACAUUCAAGAGCAACUUGGCCAGAGGAUCAUAAUACCUAUUUGCAUUGUACACUUACGACAUUUAUGACGGGAGGAAGAAAGCAGGUCCAGAAGAAAUAGCAUUUACGGGAGGACACCAGAUAGAGAAAUGUAGAGACGGUCUUUUCCUUUUCGCUCAUAUUCUGUUUUUCGGUUCUUUGCGAGUAUAUGGAGGAGGAUGUAAACAUUGAUGAGUGCUCCAUGAUUUAUAGUGGUCGUAAUUCUGAGCAGAACCACUUAGUAUAUAUGUAUCAAGACGA